AUGGACAAGUUCACAAAGCCCCUUGAUGCAAGUUCUUUGAGUAAGACGAUUCAACCCAAAAUCAGCGAGCAUAUAAUGAAGGAGAGACUUCAUAAAUUGAAGAGAUAUGUUGCAAGGUGGUUGUAUGUGAGAGGUAUACCUUUCAAUGCCAUCAAUAACGAAGAAUUUGAUCAGAUGCUUGAAGCUGUUGGUCGCUAUGGCCCUGGUGCAAAGAAGCCUUACCAACAUGAGCUGAGGGAGAAGUUGCUGCAUGAGGAAGUUAGUGAUACAAAGGAAAUGUUGAAAUUGCAAGAGAAUGAGUGGGCCAAGAAUGGUUUUUCCAUUAUGACUGAUGCCUGGACAGACCAGAAAAGGCGAAGUAUAAUGAAUUUAUGUGUGAAUUGCAGCAUUGGUACAAGUUUUCUUGAAUCAAAGGAGGCCUCAUCUGAAUCCCAUACAGGGGAAUUAAUAUUUGACUAUGUAAACAGCUGCAUUGUGGUCCAAGUGGUCACUGAUAAUGCCUCCAACAAUAUGGCAGCAAAGAACAUGUUGUCUGUGGUGAGGCCAAACAUCUUUUGGAGCUCUUGUGCAACUCACACCAUCAACUUGAUGCUGGAAGGUAUUGGAAAGAUGAAGAAGUUCAAGAGCAUAGUUGAUCAAGCAAAGUCACUUACUAUCUUCAUUUAUGCACACCAUAAAACAUUGUCUUUGAUGAGAAAGUUUACCAAGAAGAGAGACAUCAUUAGGCCAGGCGUGACCCGCUUUGCUUCCAAUUUCCUCACUUUACAAAGCUUGUAUGAGAAGAAGGACCAGCUAAGGAUGAUGUCUCAAAGUGAUGAAUGGGAGAAAAUAAACCAAGUCAAGAAGAGUGCUAAAGGUGUGCAAGCCACAACCACAUUAGUGAGGCCCAAUUUCUGGAAUGGUGUUUCUCUUUGCUUGCGGGUAUUUGAGCCAUUGGUCAAAGUACUUCGCAUGGUUGAUGGGUAUAUCAAGCCAUCAAUGGCUUUUCUCUAUGGAGAGAUCCUAAAGGCUAAGGAGGACAUAAGGGUGGCUGUAGGAAAUGUGGAUAGGUCUGGGACUUUGUACAAUUCCAUCAUUACAAUCAUUGAUGAAAAGAUGAAGGAUAGGCUGGAUUGUCCAUUGCACAAGGCUGCAUACUUCUUAAAUCCGUACUAUAGCUAUAGUGAUCCAACUAUCUUUCAAUCUGAGGAGGUCAUGGAUGGGUUCAUUUCUGCUGUUGAAACAUUUUAUCAUGGUGAUUAUGACAAGCAAAAUCAAGUGUUGAAUGAGGAUGUGCACAAAUUUAAAGAUCAAGUUGAACACUUUUCAAAAAAAGUUGCUCUAGCUGGUUGUAUGGACUUUGAAUUUAGCCCAGCCAAAUGGUGGGGAAACUAUGGAACACAGGUUCGAACACUUCAGAAGAUGGCUAUUAGAAUCCUCUAUUUGACUUCAAGUGCAUCUGGUUGUGAAAGGAGUUGGAGUUGCUUUGAAGGGAUUCAUAGAAGUAAAAGAAACAGGCUCACAUGUGAGAGGUUGGAGCAGCUUGUCUUUGUUCGGUUCAAUAAUCUGCAUGCUGACAAGAAAAAGAAGGCACAAAAAAACAAGAAGAUGGAUCCUCUUCUAGCAACUGAAGCAACACAUGCUCAAGGCUGGAUAGUGGAAGGAGAAGAUGAUGAAGACGCCGAUGUUGAGCCGGUUACAGGGCUGACAUGGAAGCUUAUUGCAGAAACUUGUGGAGCUGAGGAGGUCACUAAACUUCGUAGAAGUGCAAGGCUGAAUGAAACAAGAGAGAUUGAAGACGAUGUCCACUCAGAACACGAGGAAGAACAGCAAGUAUAUGAAGAAGAAAUUGAGUUCGAGUCCGACCAAGAGGAUGUGGUCAUGACAGGCUACGGGGAAGAGGAAGAAAUUGAUGACUGA